UCGUGCCAUGUCGCUACCGUUGUAUGUUUGUUGAUGUUUACUAUUGUCUUAUUCACUUGUGAGUUCAGACGAGUGUCAUGGUGAUUAGAUGAAGUGUACUGUUGGAACGGCCAGGCUAGGAUACCCAGGGGAAAUGGCUUUGCAAUGGACCCCGCUCAGACGCAGGGGAGGUACCGUGGUUAGAGCCCGACAGAACGUUGAAACUUUGGAACAUCAAACGCAGGCCAACGUCUUGCUUGCUUUCAAGUUGAGCAUGGUAUCAGGGAACGGGGUGAACUCAGUACCUCGCCCUAGUUACCGGACCUACCGCAAGAUGGCGGAUGCCGGGGUGCAAUACGAACCCCAGGACGUCGAGUUCAAUGGAAAUAGAGACACAGAACUGGAAUCAAGCUUCACCAAUCAGACGGUCGCUGAGAUCAACACUUCAGGAAACAUCUCUGAGCUGGACCAACCAUCUUACAACAACACAAACUAUGAGCAUCGCCCGUUGUCACUGCAGAGCUCUUCAAGUUCGUCCAGUAGCGGUAACGAAGAGCGAGGGGAGAAAAAGCGGACUUUGAACCCGAGUGAGCAAAUGGAUGUUGACGCUAUUUGUGUCCAACAAAGUGCAGUCGAGCUUACUUCACCUGCGGGGAAAAACAUUGAACUGACCGAACCGGAGAAAAUAGACAUUCCUGAGAAAGAAGAAUCAAGUUGUGGUUUGGACUGUCUGUACUUUACAAUGCAAUGUUGCGAGUGCACCAUUCUGUAGAUUGAAAACUCAACAACGCACAACAGAAUCUCUAUGUUUUGCUGAUCUUUGUUAUGUAUGUUGUUUCAUUAAUCAAUUGUGAUUUUUCGAUUCCACAUCGCUCUCUAUUCGUACUGUGAAUCGUGUGUGGUUUGAAAUGUGAUAUUUUUGUAUGACCGGGAACUAUGAAAGCAACUAAGUUGCACGACUGUUGAGUUUAUCUGAACUAAACAAGCGAGACAUUGUUUGUUCCAGAGAUAAUAUCGUUCCUAAUGUAAGUGCAAAGCUAAAAAGUAUUUUACUCGUUAAAGUAAUCAAAGUUAAUUUAAAAUAUAUUGUUAUUUGCUUUGAGUAUUUAUUGAUUUUGUAAUUUGAAGAUACAUUUUGUAUUAAGUGUAUAUUAAUAUUUUUGUAGCUGAAUGCUGUGUCUGUAAAUAUGAUUAUGUAUAAACUGUUAUCACUUUAAGGUAAAGUGUUAAUUUAGUUCUAAUAUUAUGUGCUGAUAACUUUUAUACUAUAAAUACAUGGUAUUAUUAACAUCUGUUGAAUCAAUCCUGCAUCUAGACAUUUGUCGGUUGCAUUUUUUAUUGGUUGACGACGACCUUAAAUGUAGUAUAUUACCUAGACCUACCACUUAUGUUUGAUGAAGGUAAGUUUAUGUUGUUACAGGGACAAUUGCAGGUAAAACUUUGGUUUCAUUUACAAGUCAUGGGAAACGUAUGCAAUAAUAUUUGACACGAAAACCUAAUUACUAUUUAUUCCUUAACACUUGUCAUUACUAUGUAAAGUUUUGACGUAUAUCUUCUAUGGUUGCCAAUAGAAAAACAGUAUUAAGUUUUGAUAUCCAUAAAA